ACUGUUCAGUGUGUUCUGGACGUCGGUGAAAGGCACGACGUUCUAUUCAAAAUACAAAACUAGAUUAGUAUAUCGGAAGAUAGAACGCGUGUGAACUGUACCUAAAAAUUAUUAUAUAGUGUAAUCUUAAACUUGAAUGUUUGAGUAAAUAAUAUAUGUGCCAGUGUGGUGUGUGUGUUGUGUUAUAAUUUUUACAUUUAUAUCCAUUGGGAGCCCUUUGCACUAUGUCUAGUGAUGGGCAGCUCAAGCAACAAUGUAAUUCUAAUUACGAAUAUUCAUAACAUUUUGACGGAGAUUGUAUUGCAAUGACUUUUGAUUAUGAUAUACAUCGAGUCCAGUAAAGAAAUGUGUUUGCAAAGGUGAUAUAUGAAUACAAUGGCCAUCCACAAACUGCCAUUACAUAUUUGCAACUCCAUAAAGCAGUACUGGUUAAAGAUAAGUAUUGUAAAAAAACUAGAAAAAUCAAGUAAGACGAAUGCAGUGAAUCGAAAAUGCAAACUGGAAACUCAGGAGAGAUUUUCUUUAGUGAUACUAUUGGUGUUACUGUUAAGUGUAAAUUCUAGUGGGAACAGUUUUAGUGGUGGUAGAAAUUCUAUGCUAAGAACUAGAAUUAUAGGUACGAGAUACGGAAAAUUACAAGGUGUUAUACUACCAAUGGAUCAACAUAAGUACUUAAAACCUGUGGAAGCUUAUUUGGGUGUGCCAUACGCUACACCACCUACAGGAUCUAACAGGUUCGCUCCGACACGAGCCCCAGCUCCAUGGGAUGAAGUGAGGACAGUUGACCAAAUGGGACCAGUUUGUCCUCAACGUCUGCCAGACAUCACAAAUGAGACUAUCACUUUGGAGAGGAUGCCAAAAGGCAGGCUGGAGUAUUUGAGGAGAUUGCUGCCGAGACUAAAAAAUCAAAGUGAAGAUUGUCUUUAUAUGAAUAUUUACACUCCAGUUCAAGUUGGUCCAACACUCCAAGCCAAAUACCCUGUGGUGAUAUUCAUUCACGGGGAGUCGUUUGAGUGGAACUCCGGGAAUGUCUACGAUGGCGCCGUUCUCGCCAGUUAUGCGGGGCUUGUGGUCAUCACUAUUAAUUACCGACUAGGCAUAUUGGGAUUCCUUAAUGCAAACCCUAUACCACAUUUGAAAGCGAGAGUAGCAAAUUACGGACUGAUGGAUCAAAUAGCGGCUUUACAUUGGGUUCAACAGAAUAUCGCCCUAUUUGGAGGUGAUCCUGGAAAUGUUACUAUGUUGGGACACGGCUCAGGUGCUGCAUGUAUAAAUUUUCUAAUGAUAUCACCAACUGUUAUGCCGGGACUUUUCCAUCGAGCAAUCUUACUAUCUGGGUCAGCUUUGAGUUCUUGGGCACUUGUAGAAGAUCCUGUUAGUUAUUCCGUCCAACUCGCUAAGCAAUCUAAUUGUACUCUUCCCGAAGAUAUCGUCAAGGACCACGAAUUGAUCGUAGACUGCCUCAGAGAAGUACCUUUACAAGAGUUAAUGUCUGCUGAAAUUAGCACGCCGAGUUAUCUCACAGCAUUCGGACCUUCAGUUGACGGAGUUGUUGUAAAAACUGAUUACGCGAAAGAAUUGCUAACUUUCUUCAUUCCAAAUGACCUACAAGGGUUCACUAGUGUGUCCGGUGUCAACAAUGUGAAAAUGGACAAAAGGAGUGGAGAUAGGAUUUUCGGGAUAAGAGGCGGGCAAAAUAAAUAUGAUCUGUUAUUCGGAGUAGUAACGAGCGAAGCCCUUUGGAAAUUUUCGGCUCAAGAUAUACAAAAUGGAUUUGAAGGAGAGAGACGAGACAGAAUAAUAAGAACUUACGUUAGAAAUGCUUACACAUAUCAUCUAAGUGAAAUAUUCUUUACUAUUGUCAAUGAGUACACUGAUUGGGAGAGAACGGUUCAGCAUCCAAUCAAUACUCGGGAUGCGGCAGUGCUAGCGCUAUCAGAUGCCCAAUAUGUUGCUCCAUUAGUUCAAACGGGAGAUUUUCUGAGUGUUAGCAAAAGUUCUAUCGGGUCUGGACCAAAUACCUUCUUUUAUGUAUUCGAUUAUCAAACGAAGGACGGCGAUUACCCGCAGCGUAUGGGUUCUGUACAUGGUGAGGAGCUGCCGUAUUUAUUUGGCGCGCCAUUAGUAGAAGGACUUGGACACUUUCCCAAAAACUACACAAAAUCGGAAGUGGCACUAUCUGAAGCUUUCAUUCUCUACAUAGGUAACUUCGUCAGGACUGGGAAUCCCAAUGAAGCCCAAAGACAGGAGGCUGUCCUACCGAUAUCAAGAGAAAGAAACAAAUUUAAAAGCAUUUUCUGGGAUGAGUAUGAUACGUUGCAUCAAAAAUAUUUAGAAAUUGGAAUGAAGCCUCGUAUGAAAAAUCACUAUCGUGCACACCAACUGUCUGUUUGGCUUCGUCUCAUUCCUGAGAUACAUCGCGCUGGAAUGAAAGACGUUGUCGCUAAACACAACCUCUUCCGUAACCACAAUGAUCCUGAACUAUACGACGGACUGGUCCGACCCGAUCCACUAACUCGCUACAACUAUUACGACCCCACUCUUGAACUCUACAGACGUCCCAAUCUUACAUUAUUAGAUAUACCAUCCACAAUAGAAACUUACGUUACCACAUGCGUCAGUGUCAUGUCGCCCCGACCCGACUCGCUUGUCACUCAAAGUCAGACCAACAUAUCGCAUCCGCAAGACGUAUCCAAUUUAGAGGUUGCUGGUUACACUGCGUAUUCCACAGCUUUGAGUGUCACUAUCGCGAUUGGCUGCUCCCUGUUAAUUCUAAACGUUUUGAUAUUUGCUGGCGUUUAUUAUCAGCGUGAUAAAACAAGAUUGCAAGUAAAGGCAUUGCAGCAGCAAAAGAGAAAUCAGAAUUCGACAUUUGACAGUGUAUCGUCGAAACACCCUCACUAUUUCGUUGGACAUUCACAAAGUUCCAGCACAAUUGUGGACAUCGAUCAUCAAGACAAGAAUGCUAUUAUCUCUAUGACAAACCGUGUUCACCACUUUACAAAUCAAAACUGUCCGAACGUUUGUCACACUGGGAUACAAAUGUCCAAUUUGGCUCAAAAAUCCAGUCCGACGAAUAGGGGACAAUGUACGACGUUGCCAAGAAAAGUGGGUUUCAGUUAUCAGAAUCAAAUUUGUAGCCCAUCCAAUUGUAUGACUCUACCAAAAAAUGCAACGUUCAUGAGCAGUAGCAACUUGCCAGACGUACAAGCACAGACAGGGCAAUCUCAAACAUCAGGAAAUGGCUCGGUCCCUUCCUCUUCACCACCUUCUCAACAUUUCUCUCAAAAAUCCCGAGUGCCGCAAGCCGCGAUGUCCGAAAUGAACGUAUGAGAAAUGGAGGAUAUUUACAAUUAUGUAUAAAGUGAUGGUAAAAAAAUUUCUCUACUCACUGUACUGCAUGGUUGUAAAUAUCGCAAUGUGAAAUUUUGUGUAAAUAAACUGUUACGUGUAACUCGAACGAUAUUAACAUUUUAAAGUUUAUAGAUAUAUAGUGAUUUAAGUGACGUCAUCUGAAUGGAAAGUCCUGUGAAUACGGCAGUUACCAUUAUGAAUGGAUGAAACAAAACAUGGAUAAAUAAUGUCACUAUAAAUUUAAUCUGUAAUAAUUUUAAUCGCUAAUAACACAUUAAAAUACUUAUUGUUCUGGCUCUAGUAUAACGUCAUUUAAAAUGACGUCAUUGUACAUAGUUUAGGACCUAAAGACUGUAUCAUUGUAAAAGUAACUAAUAAAAUUUACGUGUCAAAUUUCCUGUAAUAACAUCGGUUGAGGAUUUCUUUCCAAUUGAACCUGAUCAUUAUUUAUAAUUGAAAUGAAAAUUCAGAAUUUUAUUAUUGAAACACGAAGUAAAUUAUAAAAUGUACAUUAUGAGUUGUAAAAUGUCAAAAUGCAAUUAACGUUUGACGCUUUAAUACUUAACGUGUAUUGAUUUGUUUAAUUCUUUUAAAUAUUAUGUCAUAUUAAAAUUAUUCUUGUGUGUAUUCAAGUAAUGGUUCAUUAAUUGUAUCUUUCUUUAAUACUUAUAUCUAACCGUUAAUACGAAUCUUAUGACAAGUAUGAGAUAACGAGAGAAAGAUGAAUAAAAUCAUGACAAUUUAAAA